UGGCAAGUACUGCCGUCGUUCAUUUUGUUUUUUUUCGGACUGAUCUCGUCGAGCAACUUUGGCUUGGGAAAUAUACUUCUUGGAUUGAAUCGAUAACUUCUGUUGAUAAAAUUUAAAGCUAAUAGUCGUUAUUAGUUAGUUUGAAAGCAGUUUUAUCGAUUUUACAAUUCUUUCCAAGAGUUUCAAAGCGAUGGAAUCCAACUGGAUAGAAUACAAGUGCAAAUCAGGACGGAGUCUGUUUAUCUACGACAAGACGAUAGAAAGAAAUAAAAGGCCCUCUGACGCUCCAGUUGAAGAAAAGAGAAGAGAAUUUUGCAGUAUUGGUGUACAAACAGAUAAUACUGGCUGUGUUAAUGGCUGCACUUCCAAGUAUGUCAAAGUGACCCAUACUGUGGCUAGGCCUGUACACAACAAAAAAACUGUAAGCAGGCCUACUACAAACAAGCAACAAAAUCCAAAGAAGCCUGCAAAUAACAAGAAAAAUACGUCAAUACAACAGAAUUCAGAUGAUGUUACAGCCCCAGUUAGUCAAGACCUCGGUAGAAGAUUGGAGGAUAGGGCAGAAAGUAGUGCUGUCAACAUGAAUGAAAUUGAUAAAGCUGUGUUGGAAAUACUUGGGGGAGGAAAUGAUGCCAACUUGAUUGGAAAUAACAGUCAAGCUGGAAGUGAUCAAGAAGAGGUGAUUGCUUCCAGUAAUUGUGUUCGAGAAGAGGUAAUUGUAGCUGGAAGUACUGAGAAAAGUUUUGAAUGUGUUUUUUGCCAGAAAAAGCUCAAAUGCAAGUCUGCUUUGGAAAGUCAUGUUCGAUCACAUACAGGUGCAAGGCCUUUCCAAUGUUCCUAUUGCCCAAAGAAUUUUGCUCUGAAUUCUAAUUUGAAGCGUCAUACCCAAAUACACACUGAAGAGAAAAAGUUUGAAUGUCAUGAAUGCAAAAAGAAAUUUUUACGGAUUCCUUCAUUGAAAGUUCAUCUAAGAACUCACACUGGAGAAAAGCCCUUUGUAUGUUCCUACUGCCAAAAGAGAUUUACACAAAAGAAACAUUUGAACGUCCACCUAAAAUUGCACACGGGAGAGAAUCUGUUCACUUGUCCUUACUGUGGGAAGAAGUUUAAGCGGAAAGAUAAUCUUAGGACACAUCUUAAAAUACACAGUGGAGGGUAAUCCUGUUAAUAUUCCUUACUUCACAAAGACUACUAUUUGUACUACAAGAGAGCUUGGAAGCUCAUACAGACGCACAAGAUGCCAGUGUUUUAUUAUACUUAAAACAACAGCAACAACAAUAACAAAGAAAAGCAAUUUGCUUGCAUAGAAAAAGGUUGAGUUUUUAGUCAAGUUUUAAUUAACACUAUAGCUAGAAGAUUUUAUACUGUAAACCAAUAUAUAACUUAACCUGCAACUUGUAUUACAUGUAUGGUAUCAUUGAUUUGAAUGAUUUUAGAUCUAUUUUCAUUGACUUGCCUGCUGAUAAUUACCUUUAUAAUAUCAUAUACUACUUACUGCUUUUUGCUAAACUUCUGAAGUUAGAAAUACAACAAAUAUAUUUAACGAUAUUAGACUGUGAGUAGAGUGGACAACAAAUUGAUGCUCUAUACUACUAUUAUCUAUCAAGAUCAAGUGGUCUAAUAAAAUUGUUUAGCAUCGAUCAAACUGUAGGGUGAAUUUCAAGACAAGGCCAUAAAGAACAAUUUUUUCAACAUGUUUUCUGCUAGACUGAUUCCAUAAGCCCUAGUAUUUUGCUCCUUGAUUUUUCCGUUUGUUGCCUAGCGACAGAUUUUUGUUGCCUAGUGACAGAUUUAUAACAAUUUAUAACAAAGAACUGGGACCAACUUAUGGAACUAGUCUACUUUUGUGAGAAAAAAAUAUUUUUGGUGUUAUAAAGUAUUUCAAAAUUAGGGUUCUAGKCAGAUUGUCAGUAAUGAGAAGUACCCACAAUACAUUUUAGCUUUAUUUAUAGAUAUUGAUCACUGAUUUUAAAGAUUUUAAAGAUUUUGUGUACAAAAUAAAAGUUCUAUAAGAAACA